UGAGAAUAACAGCUCUACUGUGGGUGCAAACGUCUUUAGAAUUCUGGCAGCAUUGCAAAAGCAUUUCCCUCCCAUCUAGGUAAUACGGUAUCGCAUACAAAAUACGGACGUCUUGGAGACACGAAAUUAAGGUGGGGAAGGCUACAUUAUCAAAGCAGACGAAAGAAGAGGAUGCUUUGAAGAAAAAAUAUUCCACAAUGAGUCACAUUUACCAAGUGAAUAAAGAUAAACCAUGGAUCCACAGACCUGAGUUACUCACUGAUGGAUUCGUUUCGUACAAUGUCAAGUUCCUUGGCUGUUAUGAAGUUGAAGAGCCCAAAGGUCUGCCAGCUGUUGAGGGUGCAGUAAGGAAACUGAAGUUCGCGAAUCUCAUCAAAAGGUCCGAGGGCCACAAAUUACGGAAGGCGCUGCUGCAGAUCUCGGUGGCAGGAGUGCGACUUCUGGACUGCAAAACGAAGGAAAUUCUACAUAGCUGCCCACUUGAACGAAUUUCCUUCUGCGCACACCAUGAGGCCGACCGUCACGUGUGCACUUUCAUUUGCAAGAAUGUACAAUGGAAAAAGCACAUGUGCUUUGCACUGGAGGGUGAAAAAUGUGCAGAGAAGGUGACUCUGACGAUCGGGCAGGCUUUCGACCUGGCUUAUCUGAGCAUCCUGAAGUCCCAAGGGCGUGACGUCGAGGCUCGGCAGCACGUGGCGACUUUGGUGAAACGGAUUUCUGGGCUGGAAAUGGAAAAUACGGAUCUGAGAACUAAGUUGGAAGAGAUAAUGGAGAGAGUGAAUGGUCCAAACAAUGACUUCUCAAUGAGUGGUCCUGCCAGCAUUCAUCAAAACGCGAGCCACACACCACCAUUGGCUUGGAUGUGGAUCGGAGAUUCAGCUGGGGCGAUGAGUGAUCAAGCAGAAGGGUUACCCACCAAUACAGAUGCAAGCUUUUUGGAAAUGCAGGGAGUCACGCACAUUAAACAAGGAGUGGAUCAAGCUCUGCUCUGUGACCUGCUGGACAGCCAAUGCUAAUCCUGUGCCUUUGCGUGUGAUCAAAAUGCUGCAAGUCGCUCACAGGAUUGGCAAUGAACUAUCAGUCAGAGUGUAAACUUGCGCUAUUAACCAUCGUAGUGUUUGAGCAUUUUCUGUUAGUUUUCACACUACUCUGACUCGUCUAAUUUAAUACACUUUCACUAAGCGCAACACUUGUGUGAUCGAACUUGCUGCCUACAAUCUUGUAAGUUAAUUUAUACUUUUAUUCAGGAGCUUCUCUAGAAUUGUGGGGUGUGGUAGUGUAACAGUUGGGACACUGCACACUAAGCCCUGCGAACUUGAUGAAUUGUCCCAUUGGAAAUGGAUUUUUUUCAAUAAAAUUGCGGUGAGUGUAGCGGCCCCUAGUGGCUGUAUGGGUCACGUAAGCUCAUUAGAUACAACAUACACACAAAUCAAUAUACCUCGAUUAUUUUGAACACGAUUAAAUGGAUGUAUGGUGAACUUCAAACUCCACGCUAAUGCAUAGAUGCAUUCAUCGUUAAACACCUAUUAUUUAGACGUAUGUAAUACUCUGUAAACAAACAAAACAGUUCCUCAUGUUGAAAUGUUGUGUAAUAUAGCACUAUACUAGCUAAAUGAGAUAUCCCACAAUAUGAUAAUUUUAUGUUAUUUGAACUGGAUUAACUUACCAUAUUGUUUCAGUGCAGAUAAAUACAAUACUAUCUCACGCAGCGUUUAAUAACAUGAAACACAGUUUCUGAGCACCCAGAUAGACAUGUAAAGGCCAUUUAAUAUAUCUGUACUUGAGUUAUCUUAUACACACUUUAUCAUGGGUUAUUAAACAUCGGUAUAAUUUUGAAAUCUGAGUACGGUAUUAAAAUUCUACAUGCAGAAUAUAAUCUCGUGGUCCAUGCUUUAAAAAUAUUGAUAAUGUGUUGGGGAUCUUAAUUCAAAUAUUGCA